AUGUUUAAAUUAUUUAUUGUAAUGUUUACAACUUUAAUUAUUUCAACAGUUGUUUACGCAAUUCCUACUGUUGAACAAAAUUUCAUCGUUGCCUGUCACAACUUGUUUCGCUCUGAUGUAGCUCGUGGCAAAGGAGAGAAUUCAGACGGAUUUUUACCAGAAGGGGCGAAUAUAAAACAAAUAUUAUAUGAUGAUGAGAUGGAAAAAAUUGCUAGAAAAUGGAACUGUUCGGGUGGAAAUGACGAGGAAUUCGGGGAAAAUGUUUAUGGUUAUACAGGGAAACCUGGUGAUUUUUUGUUUAAUUUUUUGGGAACUUUUGGGAAGUUUUCUAAAAUAGUCUAA